AUGUCAGACAACAAUCAUUUAGGAACAAGCAACUUGAAUGUCGAUAGAAUGAAGAGGAAAAGUAGAGCUGUAUGGCAGACCAAUGCCCCUUCAAAUAACCCAUAUGCAAACGCACCAUCAACCGGUCGUCCACGAAGUAGAAGUCGAGGCAACACGGCCGCUUCUAUUUAUGCCAAUCCAUACGCAGAUGUAGGCAGUCAACAUGGUGCAAAUAAUAACAGUAACAGUAACUUAUUGGCUGUUCCCGGUUCUGGGUCAAGUCCUUAUGGGGAUCUUAAUGCAAGCAAACAACAUAAUAGAAGAUUAAGUAUACAUGUGUCAGCACGUCAGCAUGGUCGUUCAUUUUCUCAAGUCAAUCCAAUUGAUGUUGCAAAUCCACCACCAUUACCAAAUAUAGCCGGACUUGAUGUCAAGUCUUCUGAAUUGUCAAUUGCACAAAAGAUAUCGAAAGAAAUCAGUCAAGGAUCAGCUGCGGAAAUUGAUGAUUACUACAAAACAUUAUUGAAACAACGUGAUUUAAUAAAGAGAGAUAUGAAGGAUAAUAUCAAUCAAAACCAAAAGAAUAUAUUGCAAUUGACUAUUGAUCUUAAAGAAACUCAAGAAGAAUUGAUGGAAAUGAGAGGCAAAACUAAGGAUUUAUAUGAUGUGUUGGCUUUCUUUAGAGAAGCCGCUCAACGAAGAUUGGAUGCGGAAUUCCAACCACAACCAAACCUGCCCCAAAAACAAUCAAAUAAUCAAUUGGGUCUCCCAAGCAAUAGAAGAAAAGACCGUUCAUCUAUUAUGGUACUUAAAAAAAUGUGGGACCAAGAAAUGCAGUCUUUGUUUAAAAAUGUUGAUGGGGCAUCCAAAUUCAUUCAACCAUUACCAGGAAGACACGUCGUUGUUGAAAGUGGUAGAUGGCAUGAGGUGAAUGUUGGUAACUGGAAACCAAACAAUCCGUCACAUUUAUUUGUGUUAAAUGAUUUGAUAUUGGUAACUAUGAGGAAAUCAACUUCACUAGAAUCAGGUCAUCAACUUAGUAGCAGUAAUAGCAAUAGUACUACUUCAAAGGGUAGAUUACAAGCAGUCCAAUGCUCUCCAUUAACACAGGUGACAUUGCAACAAAUCAAACCACCAAAAGCAGAUGAAAAAUUGUACUAUAUUAAUUUGAAGACAAAAGAAUGGAGUUAUGUGUAUCUGACAGAUAGAUAUGAUCAUUUUGUGAAAGUCACCGACGCAUUCAAUCGAGGCAGAAAUGAAAUGAUCCAAAAUGAAAGAUUGGCUGAUUCUAGAAUUAGUUCCCCAACAACAAAUGGUGAACCUACUGAAGAAAAGAGACAAUUACGUGAGUCUUUAAGAAACUCGGGCACAUUUAAAGAAGGAAAUGGGAUUGUUGACGAACAAGGUAAUCGUAAAAGUGCCGGCACACCAAAUAGAAAUAGUACAGAUCAAGUCUUACAUGAUAUUUCCGCAAGGGUCCACUCACGAAAUAGAUCCCAUGAUUUUGGUACAACUACUAAAAUUGCAGCCAGUACAGCAAAUGGGAAAUCACAAUUCUUUAAUGAAAUCAAAACUUUGGAAGAUAGAUUGGAUGAUGUUGAUGUUGAAAUUUCUCAUAAUCAAUAUAGUGAAGCCGUGGAUUUGAUUGCUAUUAUUGAAACGAAAUUACGUAUGAUUGAAACUGCUUUGAUGAACCAAAAGAAUAACAAAAAUCUUAAUAUCAAUGACGAAUUGUUGCUUUUGGAUGUAUCAAAAUUAAAGAUUAACAACAGAAAAGAAAAUGUCUCAAAUGGUUUGAUUUUUGAUUUGCAACACAAUGUAUCGAAAUUGAAACAAGAUGAAAUAGAGACUAUAUUGACAUUGUUUGAUAGUUUAAAUCAACUAGAGAAAGGAGUACAAGCUUAUUUAGAUUCCAUGUCUUCAUGUUUAUCAAGUACUGUUUCAAAAUUAAUUGUUGGAUUGCAAGGAUCUACAAAGAUUGAUGUGGUCAACUACCUUUCAAACUUGAUGGUCAUCAAUGUUUCCAUUGUCAGAAGAACCAUGCAAAAUUAUGAAUCCAUAAUUGCUCCUAUUUUACAACGUCACGGAGAUGUUGAUUCAAGUGGAUUGAUCAAUUGGUGCAUUGAUGAAUUCACUAAACUUUCGAAGCAAAUCAAGAAACAUCUUUACGGUACUUUAUUGAUAUCAACUGGUAUUAAUCCAGAAACUGAUGAACCUAUAUACAAAGUUAAAGAUAGAAAAUUAUAUGAUAAUUUCUUGGAAAUUAUGCAACCACAAUUAGAAGAUUUGAAACUGGUUGGUUUGAAUGUUGAUUAUAUAUUUGAGUCUCUAUUAAACAUUGAAUAA